CUCCAUCCGUCCCCCACUUUUUGUCCAGUUUUGACUUUUGGAAUUGUUCAUCUAAGCACUUUGACUCAUCAAAUUCUCUCAAUGUGUAAGCCUAAAUAUAGUAAUGUGUGAUCUUGUUUGAUUUGUCUUAACAUAUAGAUUAUUAAUAUAUAAUUUCUAUAAUUUUUUAAUAUACAAAUUACAAGAUAAAAUGGAUUAAAGAAGUGCAUUGGAUGGUGUGUAAAAAUGAAAGUAGACAAAUACUCUGGGACGGAAGGAAUCUAAAUCUAAUUUCUCUCUCGAAGAAUAGAUCUAAAGGUCCUGAACUUCAGAUCUUCUACUCAGCCCUGAUCCGAUGUUAUCCCGCGAUCCUUCGAUGCCCAGUUUUCAGCUUUUGAGUGAUAGUGAUGAUGAUGCACUUCCUAGAUAUGGAUCCCCUCCUCCAUCGAAGGCUGAGAUGAAGAGGGCAGAGUUAAAUCGUUGGGGAUUUGAUGGAGGAGAUACGGAUUCCUCUGAAACACACCCAACUUGGAGCUUCCGCAAAAAAUAUCCAGGGGGUGGUUACUAUUCUGACCCUGAACGGAGUUACGAAGAAGAAGAGGAUGAAGAGGAAGAUGGGGAAUCGGUGACCUCUGCGGAGAUAAUGGAGAUGUCUGAGGAGGAAUUCCUCUUUGCAGAACCUACAGGAGACCCUGAAAAAUUACAUCGAUUCAAACAGAGUACACGCUCUAUACUCUCUUUAAUUUAGACCUGCGUGUGAGUAUAUUUUGGCAAACUAAUGAUGCAAAUCUCUGCUUUACACGAAUAAGAUGUGUUCAUAUGUGAGUUGCUAGUGUUGUAAUGUCACCCACGUACUGUGUUGGAGACUUACAAAAAUCAAUUUUGCCUAGGAUU